UUAGAUGGAAAAUAAAAACCGAAGAAUAUAGCUGUGUAAAGCCUUUCACACACAAGGUCACCCAAAGCAACCUUUACCGCUUUCAAUUUCUAUCUUCCAUCACAUUCUCAAGAAAAUCCUCACCUCUAGAUUCCCUGCUGAUUUCAAAUCUCUUCUCUUCCAUUUCCGAACUGCUUCACUUUUUAAAUAUAUACUCUUUAACAGCCUUCGAUUUGACAUAAUUUCAGUUCUCCGCCAUGGAUUCCAUCAAAUUUGACAACGUCAAGGCUGAGAAAGCUAAGGCUCUUCGGAGAGUCAACUUGACGCAAACCUUGAAGAAGCUGCUUCUUCUCUUGUGUGAGCUUCUUCUUGCCUUUUACUCACUCUCCUGGUUGUCAAAGAGGGUCCCUUACGCUCUCCAGAUUUCCAGAGGUUUUGUUCGUGGAUUUGUACCCGUUUUAGACCGGCCUCUGUUCUGGUUUAUGCUUGUCAACCUCCUUAUGCUCGUUAUUUUCGUUUUAUCCUUCCGGAAAACGAGCUCACCUGACAUCUACGACAAGUAUACCGGAUCCUGCUGGAACGCAACAGGAAACACGGCGGAGAAGCCUGUGGAGGACACUGUGGUGGACAAACAAGUUAUUCUUGAGGACAAUGCGGUUUUGGAAAAGAGAGCCAUCCUGGAGACAGUUAUGGAGGAUUCAGAGCGUGUGGUUUCUCCAGUGAAGCAGGACACUCUGAGUACAGUUACGAAGACAGAAGUUACGGUUAGUGCGGUGACAGUUGCUGAGACAAAGCCUGCGUUUGGUACAGUGAUGGUGGUGAAGAAGAAGGACUACAGGAGGAGCCGAUCGGAGAUGUCCAAGAAUUUUGGGAGCAAAAAUCGGCCGGAACUGCAGAGAUCGGAUACGACGAUCGCCGGCACAGAAUCGCAGAGGAAAUCAAUGGACCAUUUGAGCAAUGAGGAGUUCAAUCUAAAAAUUGAGAGUUUCAUUGCAGAACAGAAAAAGAAGUUUCAUUGCAGAACAGAAAAAGACUCUGUUUCUGGAAAACAGAGCAUCAUCCCUUGCCUUAGUGAGUUCUAAGUAAAACUCAAAACAAAUAUGGAGAAGUUCCUUUGAGAAAUUAAUAUAAAAAGAAGAGAGAGAGAAAAAAAUAUAUCUCGAUUAUCUAAUUGGGAUGUACAGUGACAAAAUAUUCCCUGUUUUGAUGAAUUUAGAAAUGAAGAGAAGCUUCAUGGGAUUGAUGUACUGUUUUUUGUCUUUGAUUUUUCUGUUUAGGAAUCAAAUUUUUUUUUUUUC